AUGGACGGCGAUCCAAGGGUCGAGCCGCAGCUCGACUCCUUUAGCUUGACGUUUCCUCUCCCAUUUCGCGUCGGCUUUAUCAUAACCCUCGCCGUCUGGGGUUGGGGCCUCAACCUGCACGGCCUGCAGCUCGCGCGCAUCGACCUCCCCGCGCUCAUCCGCUACCCCGGGCGCACCUCGCCGGCCGCGCUCUCGCACCACCUCUCCACCUACCGCUUCGCCACCGUGCUCUCCGCGCUGCUCGGCCUCUGCCUCGCGCUCUUCUGGCUGCUCACCCUCCGCGACCCCCGGCGCGUCGUCGACCACGGCUGGCUGCCCCUCGCCUACCUCCUCGCCCUCGCCGCGCUCUUCGCCGUCCCCCUGCGCAACCUUCCCGGGCAGGGCCGGCGGCGCUUCCUCGUCACGCUGCGGAGGGUCAGCGUGGGGGGUUUGGCGGGGGCGAGGGACGGCAAGUUUGGGGACAUACUGCUGGCGGACGUGCUGACGUCGUACGCCAAGGUGCUGGGGGACGUGUUCGUGACGGCGUGCAUGUUCGCGUCGCCGGGGGGGUCCGCGACGGAUAGGCCGAACCGGGACUGCGGCGGCGUGGUGGUGGUGCCGCUGCUGAUGGCGGUGCCGAGCCUGAUCCGCCUCCGGCAGUGCGUGAUCGAGUACCUGCGGGUGCGCGACGCCAACAGCAGCCGCCACCACGAGGAGUCGACCAACGGCUGGGGCGGCCAGCACCUCGCCAACGCGCUCAAGUACGCGACGGCCUUGCCCGUCAUCGUCACCAGCUCGAUGCAGCGCAGCGCCGAGGCGGCUGGCGACGCGUCCGCCGGGCCGGGCCUCUACCGCGCGUGGCUCCUAGCCGUCACCGUCAACUCGCUCUACUCGUUCUACUGGGACGUCACCAAGGACUGGGACCUCACGCUGUUUGCGCCCUCGUCGACGGCCAAGAUGCUGCGGGCGCCCGCGUCGUCCCACCACCAGCCGUGGGGCCUGCGCCCGAGGCUCGCGUUCCGCCUGCCCAGCCUGUACUACGGGGUCGUCCUGCUGGACCUGCUGCUGCGCUUCACGUGGUCGAUGAAGCUCAGCCCGCACCUGGACCGCUUCAGCGGCUGGGAGGUUGGCAUCUUCGUGGUCGAGCUGCUCGAGGUCUUCCGCCGCUGGGUGUGGAUCUUCUUCCGCGCGGAGACGGAGUGGAUUCGCACGACGAGCUCGCCGGUCCUGGGGCUGGACGACGUGCUCCUGGGCGACUACCGGGAGGCAGACGGUGACGAGGAGGAUGGUGAGGACUUUUGA